AAGUAUCGACAGGGCCGUAGCUCACUCAGUAUACUCUCAACUAUCAUCUGCCAAUUCCGUCAAGAGUGUUCUUGGGUUUAGCUCCUGGAAUAAUCGCAUGCCCAGAUAACCACUAAUCUACACGAUGAGAGCAAUCCUUCUGUAUGCAACCGUGUUGGUCUCUUUUCUGGCCUUCGCUGGAAUUCAAUCGGUUACGGCCAAGAAAAAGUCUAAGAAGAAGAGCGAGGGCGCAUGUAUAAUAAGCCAAGACGUGGAUGGGCGCUACUUCGUGUCUUGUGGAGCAGGCAGCCCGGAGAAAUCGGAAAAAAAAGGCAGAAAAAAGAGUAAAGAGAUCAGUAGAACUGAGAGUAAGUCAGGUUAUGGGCAAGAACCAUUCCCAACAAUCAGAUCAAACGAAAAUGGGAUAAGCAAAACGACUCGAGCCCAUGAUGAAGAGAAAGCAAAAGACUGCAAAUGCAAAAGAGGAAAGCGAGGAAGUCGGGGGAGGACUGGUGCAAAGGGAUCACGUGGCAAAGAAGGAAAACGAGGAAAGACUGGACUUCCUGGUACUGACGGUAGAGAUGGCAGACCGGGGGUUCCUGGGCCGAUUGGGCCGAUUGGUCCCCCUGGCAAAAUUGGUCUUCCAGGAAUUCCAGGAAUGAAGGGUGAUAAAGGCGACCCAGGAAAACAGGGUUUGACAGGUCUCACGGGAGCUCCAGGAUCACCGGGUCUCCCUGGCAACUGCAUAAACAAAUCCAACGUUGGGAGCGUGGCAUCUCCAAGCUUCUAUUGUCUGCCGGGUAAGCUUGGUCCCCAGGGGCCCAAGGGCGCUCGAGGGAUAACAGGACCAAAGGGUGACGCAGGCAUCACAGGCCCAAAGGGUACACCAGGUGAUCCGGGACCUACCGGAAGUCGAGGCAGACCUGGUAAACCUGGACUACCCGGCGAUUUGAAUAACAUUGGAUGCAGUGCCCGGUAUACGAGUUGGAUAAGUGCUGAUGUCUGGGACGCGCAGUACCCGGAUGUUCAUUGCGACAGCAGGGAAUUCAUGCAGGGGUUCCGCGUCGAGAAGGUUUUGGCGCGAAAGCGUUACCGGUACACGUGUUGCACUCUUACGAAGUGACCACAGGUAGCCCGAAUGGAGGAAUUAGCAAGGUCAGAUUUGCAUGGCCUGCAUCCAUUAAUAGACUACAGAUACCAGCAAAAAGCAAUCGAGAGAAUGAAUAAUGAACUGGUCAUUUGCAGCGGUUUAAUGCCAAUCGAAGAUAAAACCAGAGUCAUAUAGUGUUCAGAUCGUGGGAAUGGAUUGUACAUAGAACAAUGGUGACACAGCGACCCCACAGGAUAAUCAGCACACAGGCAACCCACACACCGGUGCGUCACAGGCUGUCUCACCACAUGGAGUUACGCACAGGCAACCCGUCGCAUCACACCGCGAAAUUAUGACUGAUAUGAUACUAUUAUUAGAAUGGACCACCAGGUUUUGUAAAAUGUGUUCUCAGUACACCCUGUUUUAAGUAGAGCGAAAAAAAACAGCCGCAAGACAGUCUCACCUGUAAUAGACGGACGUACUUAGUUGCACUCUUUGGUUUUGACCAGUCAGCUCUGCAGUGUCGUGUACUAUAAAUAUCAGAUAAAUCAAUUUUUAGUUUGA